AUUCAUUAUUUGGAAAGUCAUUACAAGCAAAUUUCAACAACCGACUUGGUGCAGCAUUACAAGCAACAGAUAAAUUUAUUAAAACCCGGAUUUCUUCCACACAAAAUCAAAAUAAAAGCACAACAAUUGCCAAUGAUGUUGUUUCAAUCAUACUUUUUGAUGACUACUCGGAAGUUCUAUUUGAAAAUAAAAGUAUAUUUGAUACUGAUUUUAUUCAAGAUAAACUGAUUGAGAAAGGAAUCGGAGAAUUUACUUGUUUUGAUAAGGCAAUUAAAAAAACCGAGCAAGUUAUUGAUAAUCAUUUUGACAUAUCAAGGUUGAAUGUUGUAAUGUUUCUUUCUGAUGGAGAAGCCAAUCUUCCAGAAAAUGAAUUAAAGAAUAUGUGCCAGAAAAAUAAGGAAAGAGGGUCCCCAUUAUUUUUUAAUACUAUACAUUUUGGCGAAGACGGCGAUGGA